UUGACAGUCUCUUUCUGUCUUUGCUGAAUCCCUCAAUGGAUUCAGCCUGACUGAUCAUAAUGAGUUUGGGGACCUCGAACAUGGCUGGAUGUGCCCUGGGAACGGCCUUCUCUCUCUUGCUUCUUGUCUCUAUUAUACAAGGGCUCCAGGAUGUUGAGGUGUUCCAUCAUGAAAAGUUGGAGGCAGUAGUUGGCCAGAACGUUACAUUGCCCUGUAUUAUCAAAGGCCGCAAUGAUCUCAAGAUCACAAGUAUUGAAUGGCGAAAGAACAAACAUGGAAACACAAAGCUGGCUGUGCACAGCACAGAAUAUGGAUUCAAUUUGCUCUGGCCUAAUGUCACGAUGGAGGUUGAGAAUACGUCGAUGGGCUCCUAUCUAAACCUUUAUGGGGUGUCAAAAUGGGAAAGUGGUGUCUAUAUUUGUGAUAUUUCAAGUUUUCCUCUGGGCAUCAUCAGGAGAGAAACAAAGCUGGAGAUCAAAGAUGAUCCUAAAAUAUUGUGCGACAUGGAUAGAAUUGUGAACGUCCAUAGUGGAGAAAAUGUGACCAUUCAAUGCAAAGCGUUCCCUGAUGCACAGUACAAGUGGACCAAGAACAAGACGCUGGUUUCAGAGAAUGAAUCUCUAGAGCUCUGGGGUGUGACUGAUGCUCACUCAGGGGUUUAUACUCUGACUGUCAACACGGGAAACACAAGUCUGCAUAAAGAGUUUAUCAUCACGGUGCUAACAGCAACCACGAGCUUAAGGACAGAUCUUUUGACAAUACCACAGUCUACUGUUACUGAGGAAGGUGUGAUCGAAGACCGCGGAUUCACCACAUCACCCACCACUGGGCUUUCAACCGUUGACAGCAAUGUAACUUGGACCAUGAAUAUGGCCACUGAUGUAACAGAUGAUAAUCCAAACUCCAGAAAUGUCACAGCUGUAGAGCAAAUGACCUCUUUAACAAAUUCUACACAUAUCAGUGUCACGUCAUCCCCUGUCACACACACUGACCACUAUCCCGCUAACAGCUCCACUGAUCAGGAGAUUAACCCCACUCACAAUUUAAACACAUCCAAGUUUUUUGACCAAACAGUGCCCGUCAAUCCAUCCACAACAUUAAGUUAUGUUAAUAAGGCAUUCAGAUCAACACAGGAGACGAGGAAUGAGUCCUUGGGAGGCAAUCCUGGUGCAACCCCAACCCUGAGCCCUGGAAGUACAACGAUAGUCAUUGAGGGUGGAGUUUCUGGUGGUGUACGGAGUCGUCUGUUGUUGCCGUUAAUCAUUGCUCCAAUCCUGCUUCUGAUCGCUGUGGUGGGCUUUCUCUACAGGAGAAAAAUGAUAAAGGAGAGUAUGGAUCAACCGCCUCCGUUCAAACCCCCUCCUCCUCCAGUCAAGUAUACAGCUGCAAGACACCAUGAGAUUUCAACACAGCCUUUCCCGACUUCAAGGUGUAACUCAGUGAUAGAACUAAAAGAUAUGAAACAAAAGUGUAUUAGUGUAUAAUGCCUGCUAUAUUGCACAAUGACGGUUUGAAAGAUUGCAUGCAGUGCUUGCGUGAUAUAGUGUAAACUGUAUCCUAUCUUGGGUACAUGCAGAAUUACAAAGUGUAUUGAUUGCAGUUGCAGUUGUUACGACGCGAUUGCAGGUAAUUGUAACAAUGUGGGCUGUGUGUAUAUCUUGGGUGGGUUCUGUGCUAUUGUAUAUAAAAUGGCUUUAUUUUUUAGAUGUAAUGUGUUUGCCAUAACGUUUCUAACAUUUGAAAAUAAAAGCUGGUUUAUUUUGA